AUUAAAUUAGAUUUAAUGAAUAAUAAAUUCUAUUACAUACGUAUUACAUAAUCUUAUUCAAUAAUACUAAACCUAUAUCAGUAGGCGGGCACACUCCAAAUCUCCUUUUUUUUUUUUUUGGCCGAUUAGCCCCCAGCCACGAUCAUAAAUUUAGGUAUCAAGGUUAUGAUAUUUGUAGUCACUUUCAUAGUCAGAACACAGAAAAGAUGCCCAGAUCGGGCCUUCCCCCAGACCAAGUAGCUGCAGAGAUAUCCUGGGGACUCAGGGACCCGGCCAGGCUCUCCUUUGUCCCAUGGGCGGGGGCCCUGCGAGAUGGUAAAUGGGGGGGGGGCGGUCAGCAGCAGGGGUAAGGCCUGUGUCCUGCCGGUUGGAGGAGGCAGGGCAGACCCUGAACUCCAAGGAUCACCCUCCACCCUCAGCUGCGGCCAUUGCAACCAAAUGCAGGCUGGGAGGUGGCUUCUGUGACCUCAGCCCCAGGAGCUAGAAUCUGGGAUAAAAGCCAAGGCUGUCCCAAAGGACCGGGCAACUUCCACCCCACGGAACUUGCACUUUCAUCGCAGAGAGCUGCCGAUUGGCAUCGGACUGUUGGCCGAUGCUUUUGUAGCAAGAAUCAGAGCCGCAGUCAUAGAGAUUCCACAGCCACCUGGAGGCUGCGCUCAGCCCUGGACAAGACCGAUGUAAGCAGACACCCUCCGUGCCCGCCGGGCUUGGUACCCAAAUGGAAAACACGGACAUGAAGGGCGUGGGAAAGGCAUGAAGACUCAUGGAGUCCGGGGUGGGCGUUGAGGGAAAUCGGCGGCUCGAGCUGGGCUGCAUUUCUUUGUCCGUUUGGGAGCAUUUUGUGAUCCACGAUUGGGCUUCUGGAAAGAGCAAGUCAGGAGGAGGAUCGGAAGGUGGGUGAGGCUGGAUGGAAUCUGCCUUCCAAGAUUACGGCUCUAAUUUCUGCAGUCAGCUCGAGGCUCUGCUGCCUGCUCUCGCCACAGAAAAGCUGCUGCACAAAGCCGCGUCGGCCGCGAAGUGGGUUAGGGCGUUAUAUAAGCCCCGGCGGGAGGGGAGCCGGCCUUUUAGGCGCGCUCCUUGCGCAGCGGCGGCGGUGGCGGCGGCGGCGCGGCUCGGGUUGAUUUAGAGCGCGGGUGACAGUGGCCUGGCGCGGGCCGCGCUGACGACAGGCUGCUCCGCGGUUUCCAUGGAGACGGGCGGGCGCGGCGCGGCUGUCAGCGGCGGGCGCGCGGCCGCGGGGGGCUGCAGGAGGAAGGCGCGGGCCGCGGCCGGGACCCUCGCGGCAGACAUGGACUUGCAUUGUGAUCGCGCCGCCGAGCCGCCGGCCGCCGAGCCGCCGUCGGGGAAGAUUAAUAAGGCCGCCUUCAAACUGUUCAAGAAGAGGAAGCCGGGUGGCACGAUGCCCAGCAUCUUCGGGGUCAAAAACAAAGGGGACGGGAAGGGCGCGGGGCUGGUGCGGAGCCGGACGCACGACGGGCUGGCCGAGGCGCUGGUGCUGGAGGGCGGCCGCCGCGAGGAGCCGCGCGCGGGCAGCGGGGACGGGGCGCGGCCGGGCCCCGCGGCCCCCCGGGCGGCCCCGGGCGGCGCGGGCUCGGCCGCCGGCGCCUCGGUGGCCAAGUCGCACAGCUUCUUCUCGCUCCUGCGGAAGAACGGGCGGCCGGAGAGCGGCAGGGCGGAGCAGGCCGACGCGGGCCCGGCCGCCGGCAGACAAAAGCGGGGGCUGCGGGGGCUCCUCGGCGGCGUGCGCUGGCGCAGGAAGGACCGGCGGCCCAAGGAUGCUGCGCCGGCGGGGCGCGCGGGGGCCCCGGGCGAGCUGGCGCGGCCGGGCUCGCUCACCGCCAGCCUGGAGUGCGUCAAGGAGGAGGCGCCCGCGGCCGCGCGCGAGCCGCACCGCCCCGGCGCCGAUGCCCGGCCGGAGCCAGCAGGUGAGCUCGCGGCGGGGGAGCCGGAGCCGGCGCCGGCCUGCGCCCCGGGAGAGGGCGCCGCGGGGCCCGGGCGCGCCGAGCGGCCCCGCGCGGCCCCGGAGCCGCGCGCCGGGGAGGGCCGGCCGGCCGAGGACGCCGCCGGGCCCGGGGCCGCGCCGGCCGAGACUGCCCAGCCGGCCGACUCCGAAGGCGGCCGCGCGCCCGCCGCCCCCGACCCUUCCUCGGUCGAUCCGCCCUCCGACCCAUCGGCCGAUCGUAUUUGUCUGAUGUUUUCUGACGUGACUUCACUGAAAAGCUUUGACUCUCUUACAGGCUGCGGAGAUAUUAUCGCAGACCCCGAGGACGAGGCAGGGCCCAGCUGUGCCAAGCAUGCCCCCGGGCCGGGCCAGCCGGGCCCCGCCAAAAAGCCCCCCGGCGUGGUGGCCUACCAGGGAGGCGGGGAGGAGAUGGCGAGCCCGGCCGAGGCGGACGACUCCUACGUGCAGGAGUUCUGGGACAUGCUCUCCCAGACCGAGGACCAGGGACAGGGGCCCCAGGAGGGAGCGGCCACGGCGGCGGCGGCGGCGGCGCCGGAAGCGCAGGUGCCACCCGAGACCCCCAAAGACGCCAGGUGUGCGGAGGGGGCCAAGGAGGCGUCCUCGGUCAAGCGCAGGAGGGUCCAGCGGAUCCCCGCCGAGCUCCAGCCGAAGGAGGAGCCCAAGCAGCCGGACAAGGAGCCGCAGGAAGGCGUCCCCAACAGCGACGAGGGCUACUGGGACUCCACCACCCCCGGGCCCGAGGAGGACGGCGCGAGGAAGGUGGGCCUCCCCCGGGACAGCGACAGCGGCGACGCGCUCUACGACCUCUACGCCGAGCCCGAUGGAAGCCCCGCAGCCCUGCCCGCCGGCGAGGAGACGUCCUGCUUGUCCCGGUUGAAGCCAGUGUCCCCGGUCACCGUCACCUGUCCCCUGCGAACGCCGGGAAGCUUGCUGAAGGACUCCAAGAUCCCCAUCAGCAUCAAGCACCUCGCGAACCUUCCAUCCAGCCACCCGGUGGUGCACCAGCAGCCAGCCCGGAGCGAGCUGCCCAGAACAAAAAUCCCAGUGUCCAAAGUGCUGGUCCGGCGGGUCAGCAGCCGGGGCUUGGCUGGCACCACCCUCCGGGCCGCGGCGUGCCACGACAGUGCCAAAAAGUUGUAAGGCCUCCGAGGCCGAGGUGGAGGGGCCACAGGUCAAGGAAUACAACUCCCCCCUGGAAACCACUGCAGCAAAGGUUGCUUCCCCUAAAGGAAAGGCUUUUCCCACCGGCCCUGCUCGGGAGCCUGGACCUUGGAGGGCUUUGUGCGGCCGGCCGGGCAGGAGUCAGCGGACAGGGCACACCGCACACAGGGCUUCCCCCUCCAGAUCCGUCCCCGAGAAUUAUUUUCAAGCACUUUUUUUUCUUUUUUACCUUUUUAAACAUGUUUCUUCCUGCUUGUUUUCCUUAAUGCACUGAACUCUCGGAAGUCACCUUCACUGGCCUUUGCAGAAAGCAGGACUGCACCAAACCUAUAAGGAAGCCUCAUGCCAGGAUAUUGGGCUGCGCCAGGGUCCAGCCACCUGCAGGAGACACCGGGAGAACCAGGGGAGCCCUCCUCUCCCUGACACUUUCCUGCUUUUCCUUUCCCGAAAAAAAAAAAAAAAAAAAAAAAAAAAAGACCCUUUGCUGUAUCACUGUGUGGAAACAUCGAGAAGCUGAAAGAGCCAGGUAAAUACCUGAUGGACACCACUGAUGGGCAGAAAACCUGCUUCUUUUCAGUUGCUGGGUAUGCGAAGAGGUGCGUCUCUGCCACGAGGACGGUCAAGCAGAGUUGGGUUGGGUGGGUUGAUUUUGAUCAUUUGUUUAGGGAGAAAUAAAAAGCUCCGUAGAGCAGGUUUUUUCCUUUUUUUUUUUUUUUUCCCCACCGUGCAGACCUCUGGAUCAGGGAAAGAUUUCACUAAAUGCCAACAGACAGUGUUGUAGCAGUUCUUAACUGUAACCUUUCCAUGUGUAGAUACGCAUCUUUUGCAGAUUCUCCAGCUGUUAACAUUUUAUAAUCUGUCCGUAACCUCCAGGUUAAAAUCUGGUUUUAUAGCUAGACAUGGUAACUGUCCCCCAACCACCAAUGUUCUCUUCUGUACUGUACACUGAAGCAAUUCUGGUUUCGUUUUAUAUGGGUUCUCCGGCUUUCAAGCAAGACAAAAUAAUCUAUUGUGUUGCUGUCCCCAAGGAAUGGUCCUGCCUAGUCUUGGCUAAGAGUCUGUUUCUCACCCCAGACCCUGGCUGUCAGAGAUUUUUUUUACCUUGGUUAUAAAAAUGUGGAGUUCAACCAGUCCUCAGUAUGGGGAGGCCCAAGCAAAGAACACGUAAAGAAAAAUAAUAGAAAAUGUUGUUUUUCAUGUCAUUUGACCGAUGCUUUAUAGACGUAGGACCGAGACACGUGUGUUCAGAAUGACACUGGGAAGCUUACGCAUCAUGAACACUUUGUGCCAAGAUGAUUUUUGAGAAGUGGUUAACGUACCUGUGUGCUUUCUCUUAUUUUAGAUGAAACGGUUAUUUCAGAAAGGGUCACCAUUUGCCUCGGUAGUUUGAAGGAUAAACUGGAGCAGUUCCUAGAAUGCUUGAUGGUCUGAGGCUGAUAGAAUAUCCUCUUUGCAAAAUGCACUUCAAUGUAUUUCAUCAAAAGAGCCGAGCUUUGACUAGGAGGUGAUUCAUGGUGUCAGGAUAUUUCCCAGAGACAUGGCCACUUCUGCGUAACUCUCAUUUUCCAGAGAGCUUCCCUAAGAAGUGAGCCGAGAAUAUAUGCUUUGCAGGUUUGUUUUUUGUUUUGUAAAGGAAAGAAUAAGGCAAGUUAAGCUUAUGACAACCUAUGUUAAUAAUAUGAAGGACGUAAUGAAAUACACAGACGGCAAAGGAAGCCAAAUCUGAGCCAAGAGCACAAGCAGGUCCUUCCCCCUUUACAUCUGCAGCGAUGCAGCUAGAAGCGGGUGCUGGUGGAGACCUGCUGAAUUUCUUUAUUAGUGAGAGCACUGGCGUUUAUGGCGUGAGGUCAGACCCUUGAUGUUAUUUCAAAGGGGCGUUUUAAUAUUUAAUUUCCUUAUGUCUAUAGAUGAGGUCUUAUAGGCAGACAUAGCCUUAAGUACUCUGAGCACACCACCAGGAAUCAUAAAGCAGCUCUCUCACACACACGCGCGCACACACACACACACACACACACACGUGCUCAUGCACUCAGCUGUGCACCACUCACAGACAAAGGCGUUCACCCUAAACUUGGAGAUGUUUUAGAAAGGAGUUGUGUCUUGAGAAAGGGAAUGAGAUUGGAUUCAACACUGAGCGUCCUACUCAGACCCCAAAGAUGCUCGUUGCCCCUCAGCGAAUGGGAAGGACAUACAUUUUAGCCCCUUGCAGUAAAACAAAGGAUCUUUAUUUUCUUCUUGUGCAUUUUCGUGCAGGGGUUGAUAAUUCCUCUGCAUGAAGCCAUGCCCAAGUUAUGUGUGUUCAUGUGUUCAACUGCACAGAGGUGGCAGGAGGCCCUGCAGGGCUGAUGAGAAUAUUGAGAGAGCAAAGGCGACUUAUUUAUCUCUUUUAUGGGCAGCGGAACAGACUGUUUGUGCUUUCACCUUUUGGGGACUUGCUUCUGCCUUUAUCCCACUGCGCUGCGUCUUCUUUUUCUAAGUAAAGGAAAAUAUCAGCCAAGUUUACCUUAAGUUCCCCUUGCCUGUCAAGUCAACCAACCAGUUAGACAAGAUUUUAGCGGUUUUCUUUUUUUUGGUUCUUUUUCCAUAUAUAUAUAUAUAUAUAUAUAUAUAUAUAUAUAUUUUUUUUUUUUUUUUUUUUUUUUUUUUUUUUUUUUUUACUCUCUAGCUUUAAGAAUCCCACCUGCACCACUCACAUGGUGGAUUCAGGCCGUGAGUUCAACAGCCUCCAUCACUUGCUGGAAAUCAGGACCAAUACAGGAAGGUGUGAAUUCAUCUCUUCCAACCACAGGCCAGGGUUGGUAGCUGCAUUUCUGUGCCAAGGGCUACUUUCUCUCAUGUCUAUUCAUGGAGAUUGUUUUCUGGAAUUUGGAUAGACUCACAACCCAUGGAUCCUUUGCGUUUUCUCAUUUGGCCAUAUUUGCUGACUUUUUGAGGAGAGGCUGGGUUACGGGCUGUUGACACCUUUUCUGUGUGUCUGUGUUGCUGAGACACUUUGUUGAUCAAGUCCCUUUAGUCAAAGCGUGGGCCACCUCCUAUGGGAAAAGGCCACGUCAGGUGUGGACCCUGAAUUUGUCAGUUUAAUGGGUCUGCACAAAGACAGCCUGACCUCAAUAUCUAUGUUACCCGAAUCGUGUCACUCGAACCCCUGCCCUUCGGUACUAAUGCUUUUCCUGCUUCCACUAGCCCUACAGCAUCUCGCGUAAUUGCAAGAGGAAAUGGGUUUUCAUUACUUCACCUAAUAACUGUGGGAUAGAGGACAUCAAGUCCUUCUUUAGCUGCUUUCCCCACACAUUAUCCGCCCAUUUAAACGCAAAGUAUGUGAUAGCUGUGAAAAUUAUGAGUUUAAGGAUUUAUUCAUUCAUCUCAGAAGUAGUUUGCAGGUGUUUGCACUCCCGUGAGUAUUUAUCUAAGCUUUACCCACACAGUUGUCAAAGUGAAAACACUGUGUUAGGUACUGAGAUGGCUUUGGCGGAACUUUCCGAGUUUUCAUCAUUUACGUCUUUGGUAGAUUAAUUUUCUGCGACCUUUCACUCUUUCCUUUGUGGGAAGAGACUGGUCAGUGUAGGCUUCUGUCCGCUCCCUCAGUUUCCAUCGUGUUGGCUUGGUGCCCUCAGGAAGCAGUUCCUAGAGGAUGCUCGUGACGUGUGCCUGUUUGGACAUAUGCUCUGUGGAACUCAGUGCCUGACUUAAAACCCUUGGGACCUGGCCUCCAGUGCUUGGCUUCUGAGACAUGUCCCAGCAUAUUCACGAAGACUUAGCUCCCCCUCGUCCUUGGUAGGAAAUCAACCCAAGACUUUUACACCCUUAAACAUAAGGAGAAAGCAUCACCUUUGCCUCUUGGUGGCCACCAGGGAGGACAGCCCAGUACAAGUACCAGGAUGCGAUAAGAGGGGACACCCAAAUGCCACGGCCGAAUCCCCUUUCCCUCCCCCAUGCACCAGACUGAGGGGUGAGCCACACAGUUUCCUUCGGAACUUUCCAUUCUCCACGCACAGAUAUUCGUAAAGCAGUUUAGGACCCAAAGGCUAGCCUGGCAGCCUGGCGUCUUAUGUGGAAAAGCGAGAGACCAGCGUUUGCCCUGGGAAAAGAGGCAGCUGGAACGGUAUCAGGCGAUGUGGGCGUGUGGUCCCUCUUCCAGGGCAGGUGUGGCUUCUGUGACGCCAUCCUGCUCUGAGGACACUCUGUUGGACGUCCUGGAUCAGCAGCAAGGGCACCACCCCGCACAUUGUCACCCAAAUGCCUCUAAAAAACAGAAAUUAUAAGCAUGACUAACAUUUGUUGAGCACCUACUAUGGGCCAGGCCCUGCUGGGAGCUUUACAAAUGCUUAUCCUUCUGAUAGCCAUGUGGGAUAAGGUAUAUCACCUUGACGGAGUAUAUAAAAUUCAUCUGUUUGGUUUGUUCCUAUCCCGUUCCACCCACUCGUCCUUCAUCCAUCCAUCCAUCCACCCAUCCAUCCAUCCAUCUCUUUUCCUCUCUCUCUCUCUUCACCCAAUCUCUGGGACAGGACUAUACACGCUUUUAAUACAAGAGCUAAGAACUGCUUAAUCCUGCCCUCCGCUCACUUUCAGUAGAAAAAGAGUGGACGCAGACCAUGCAGCUGAGAACUGGUUUGAGUCCAAGAUGGCGGUACUCUUGCCCUGUCCUGGGCAGGCGCAGCUGUGUGUGUUCAGAGGCACACCGCCUGCCUGGCUUUGGAGGGAUCCUCGCCUUCCCCGGAUUAACUUCAAAAGGGUAGACAGACAUCUCUCCUGUUGUCAUGGUGAUUCUUCUUCCCAGAUAGGAUGUCAGGCAUUCUGAGCACGUUUCCCUUGUUGUUUUUCCACCUUCAGCCCAGUCCAGGCUUGUCCUGGGUGUCCUGUGUUGUUUGCUGAAACAGUAGCUGGUGGAGUGACGCCUCGCCUUGGCACAGUUGGGAACUGCAGAGACAAGCUCCUGGCUCUUUGGAAAGUAGCGGAUCCUACCUUCCGCCUCUGGCCAUUGAUGGAAUCCUGGCCUAGAUUUUCAGAUUCGCUCAUUCAUUUAACUAAUAUUUACCGAACACUAAUAAGUCAGUCACUGUGAUUCUGAGUAUUUUAUAUUUAAUUAAAAUACUUUAACCUCUCCUGUGUGUUUACUGGGAGCCAGGAUCAUGCUCUCUCUUUUCCUUUACAUUCCGUUCACAAGAACCGGGCGCGGUGGGACUCAGCGCCCUUCUGCAGAGGAAAGAAAAUGAGGAAAAACUAAAAUACCUCGUCCGAAGUCAUUCGUUCCGUGAGCCACAGGCAGGCUGGGAACCCGCAGUCUAACUCAAUUGCUUGUGCUUUAAUUAUAAGUCUUUCUCAGCCAUCUGAUUCGAUGUGUGUGCGAUUUAAGUGAGCAACUCAUCAAAGUUCUGAACCGCAAGAGCCAAACCAGAUUUUUAGGAUUGCAGAGAAAAGAGAACUUGGCUUAAAAAAAUCAUUUGAUGGCAUGUAUAGUUGCAAGUCGAAAGGGUAGGUCUCGGGGCUGGCAGGGUUUUGUAUCCACCUGGCCUGUCAAAAUUUGGAGCCGUGUUCACCAGUCAUUCCAUGCUAGCCGAUCCGCACACAGAUUUUAUAAUCGGAGGAGUGCAUUGUCUGUAAUAAGACCAACAACAGCAAUUUCAAUAGUGAAUCUGGCAGGUUGCAAGCUGAGUUCUCUUCCACUCUGGUUCUAGAAGGAUGCCUUUUUCUCAAUAUUUAGGAAAAACUGCUUUGAGUUUGCAUCGCUGUCACAAUUAACCAGGUUAUUUUAUUCCUAUAUGGGCUGCCUACACUUGGAAAAUGCCCUUUGUCAUGAGACGCGGUGCCAGAAGUCAGGAGCAGGUGACCGUUGUGUUGAUCUGGGGUCGCUUUUGGAAAUUGUUCAAUAAUUGGGUAGAGGGACUUUCUGCUCUGUGGGAGAAGAUACAUUUUGAGUGAAAUAUAACCUAGGUCACUGGUUGCUGGGGCCUAAUCCACUUUCUCAGAUACCUACCUGGAUCACUGAAUACACGAGAGCAGAAAAUGCUAAAAAUAUCUGGUCCAGGUGUACGGAGGCCUGGAAGUGACACACAGGAAGCACUUGUUAUCAUGUCCUGAGAUGAAACGGGCCCAGGGCAGCUGGCAGAAUUAAAAAUCUCAACUUCCUGUGUUAUAACCGCGAAUCUGCCGCCGCCCCGUGAUUUCUCAAUAAAGGAGGAGAAACUCUAACAAAAUAAUCUUGCACAUUUUGAUGGUUCCCAGGAUAAAUUUAACUCAACAUGGAGGAUCUGAUUCUCUUAUCAAGAAUAUCAGGGGAAAUGGUUUUGCUGCAACAGACAAAGGAAAUUCCUGUCCUUUUUAAUGGACUCCAGCUGCCUACCAAGGCUCACUGCUCACUUCAGGCUGUGCCCAAGUUAUUUAUAGGAGAUAUCUCAGUGUAACCUAGGGAAGUGCAGGUCAUUUGAAAAUAAAGACACAGAAAACCCAAAUGAGAAACUCCAUUUCUAGAAUUAGUUUUCCUGAAAGUCAGGCCUGUCUUUGAGGACAAGCUUUUGGCUGUAUUAUUUUUGUGCACCGGAGAAAAGUUAUUGGUAGGUUUAUAGAUAUUAUUUUUAUAAUAGAAUGUUAAGCUCCCCCCAAAACAUCAAAAAUUGUCUCCUAAAAUGGUUUCUAAAGCUUGUUUAAAAAACAGAAGGAUUGUAAAUAGCAAAUAGGGCCUUUUCUCCUUUCUCCUCUGCCAUGGUUUAAUGGGAUAGAUGAACCAAUGUUUAUAUUUUUAAGCCUGUAAAUAUUUUAUUUUGGGUAUUUUGUAUAUUUGUUGAUACAGCUCCAUGGUGCGCAUAUGUACGUACCAUCGUGCAUGUUGCUGGUUUUGAUUGUCACUCUUUUAAUGACGGUGAGAAGCUUGGACUAAUAGCACUUUCCUUGUUUCGUUCAAACAUCUUCAAAUGAAAAUACAGCACUGCCAUUUUAAACGUUGCGUUUCAUUCAGUCAAUAAAUUUUGUUGCUCCUUUACAAUGAA